AUGCCUGCCUGUCUGCCUGUCUUUUUACUCGCUCGCUUGCUUGAUGCCUUGAUGCCUUCAUGCCUUGGUGCCUUGCUGCCUUGCUGCCUUUAUGCCUUAGUAACUUCAAAUGGUCCAGGCUCAGCUCAGUCAGCUAUUUGGGACGCCUCUAUGCAUAGGACUAAGAAGUCUUCGGUCGCAAGUUGUUACCAGCGUGUCGAGCAGGCUAGGCGGUUAAAUUACUUGGAGGGGACUGCUCUGUGUCUGGCUUUCUGGCUCUCUGGCUCUCUGGCUGUCUGGCUCUCUGGCUCUCUGGCUCUCUGCGUGAGGUGUAUGUGUAUGUAA